GCCGUCGGCCGCAGGAUCCUGGACUCCGUGGACCGGCACUUCCGCGGCGCCCCCGCAGAGGACGACGACCUCUCCGAGGGCGACUGCGCGGCCGCCCCUGGCGGCUCGGACCCGGAGGCCGCCUCGGUCAGGACCCGAGCCCGCCGCGGCGGACCUGCCCGCUGGCGGCUACCUCGGCGGCCACCUGGCCCUGGACGCCGACACGCUCUGCGCCGAGGACCAGCGCAUCCGGAGCUUUGACGAGUGCAAGGCAGCUUGCCGGACGCUGCAGGUGCAGCCCAAGGUCCACCCCCUGCCGAUCAACGACCGGCUCCUCCCCGAAGGCUGCUUCAUGCUGGAGGCCCUUCGGUUCGGCAUCCCCACUUGGAAGCUCCACUUCAACGCCCACCCGGGAGGAGGCAUCUGGGCAUGCACAGUGGAGGGUCUGGCCGCGCUGCCCGAGGAAGCGCGCUCGGUGGUUCUAGCGUGCAUGGUGGACGCCACGGUGCCGCAGCCCAGCGCCGACGAUGCACCCUCAGCUUGCCUCACCGUGGCCGUUGGCGACGUGUUGGCCGCGGCGCUCCAGACGGUGGCCGCGGGCCCGGCCCGAGAGGCCGCUUGGGCGCGCCUGCUGCUCCUGCCGCGCAUGCUCUUCGCCAUCCCUCCUGCCAGCGAUGACCGGCGCGCGGAUCGCGUUGGCGUCGCCGUCACCAUGCGUGGCGAGGCGCCGCUGGCCGCCUCGAAGGCGCUCUUGGGCGGUCGUUUAAUCCCGUUCCAGAACUAG